AUGCAAUGGGGCUUUCUGCAAGACUGCUGGCCAACUGCCAUGAAACGAUUUCCAUCCUUGCUAUCCCAAGCAGACCUCAUUGUGUACACAAGUAGUCAAUCUUCCCAAGCUGAUCAGCUUUUUACUCAAUUGGGAUUUCCCAAAGUGAUGUUCCAUAGGUUCCAAGAGAGACACUAUAGUCCCUACAGCUCACUCCUCCCACCACCACCACAACAAGUACCCAUUGAUCCCAAGCAAGAUGGAGCCAUUCGAGCCAUGGUGGACCCAUUUCUCCCCCAAAACAACUGGUUUCAGGAUUAUGACUGGAUUUUUCGCAUGAACCCUGAUGUCCUCAUUCGAGAAUGA